AUGGAUUCACGCAGCUCGAUUCCCGCAGCAGCUAGCAACUCCGGCAGAACCACAACCGCAACCACUGCUACAACCACAACUACAACUACAACUAGAACCACACCCACACCCACUCCCACUCCCACAUCCGCAUCCACAUCUACCUCCAGAAUCACGAGAGCGGCGUCCAAGGCAGCCAGCUCGUCAGAAUCUUCCGCUGCUUCUGCAGGAGCUUCCGCACCCGUUCCGAAUCAACCUCCCCCUCCGCCCACAUCGGCGGCGAGAAAGCGCAAGGCGCCCGCCAGAGAGACCAGUCCCGUCCCCGAGCCGGCACCAGCAAAGGUAUCAUCGGGUAGACGUACCAAGCGUCAGAAGGUCGUGGAGUCAGAUACAGCAGUCCCUGCACCUUCUGUACCUCCUGCCCUUAAAGCAUCUGUUCCGUCUCGCCUUCGAAAGGGAAAGACUCCUGCGGUUAUGUCUAGUCCUGGUGAUUCUGCCGGUCCAUCCAACGAUCCCCCCUCGACCGUCUCGGGCUCCUCCAAACGCAAGUCAUCCAGAAAACAGAAGAGUGGUCAAGGUUUGUCACUCCGCAUGGCGAAACCAUCUGCGGCACACCUAACGAACGCAAAAGCAGAUGCAACGGCCACCCCAAGCUCCGCUCGCCGAUCGAAGAAGGCAGUCAGUGGCACUAAGGACGGCGAGAACGCGGAUCACACCCCAGACGACAAACUUCCGCCUCCUCCUGGCGACGACGAUGGUAGCGAUGAUAACGAAGACGAAGAGAUGGCCCAUCACUACGACGAAGAAGACGACGAUGACCCGUUCGGAGGGUUUGGUGGCCCUGGAGGACCUCCUCAUGGAUUGUCGAGCACAUUGAGAGCUCUGAGUGGCAUGAUGUCUGGAGUCUCUACGAGACUGCGGGAUAUUCUGACCAAUAUGAAGCAAAAGGAUGACCCAUCAGUACAGUUAAUCGCACUCCAAGAACUAUCUGAAAUUCUGUUGGUAUCCACGGAAGAUAAUCUUGCCGGACACUUCUCCCCCGACGCCUUUGUCAAAGAGCUUGUUGUACUGAUGCAGCCUUCUGAUUUCGGAGAGGAGAACCCAGAGAUGAUGCUCCUGGCCUGUCGCUGUAUUGCAAAUUUGAUGGAAGCUUUACCAGCUAGCACCGCAAAUGUCGUGUACGGAGGGGCUGUUCCCGUUCUCUGCGCGAAGCUAUUGGAGAUUCACUUCAUCGAUUUGGCUGAGCAGGCCCUGAGCACCCUCGAGAAGAUCUCAGUCGAAUACCCCUCAGCCAUUGUUCGUGAAGGAGGUCUAACUGCUUGCUUGACAUAUCUUGACUUCUUUCCCACUAGUACACAAAGAAGCGCUGUGACUACCGCUGCUAACUGUUGCCGGAACAUCGCAGAGGAAUCCUUCAGCAUCAUCAAGGACGUAAUGCCAAUAUUGCUGAACGUGCUCAGUUCAAACGAUCAAAAGGUUGUCGAACAAGGCUCCCUUUGUGUCUCACGAGUUGUAGAGAGUUUCCGAUACCACCCUAGCAAGCUAGAAGAGCUUGUCAGUACCGACCUGCUCAAGGCCAUUCUCCGACUGUUAUUACCAGGCACAACAAAUCUCAUUGGGCCAAGUAUCCACACACAAUUCUUGAGAGUGCUGGCGUUCACAGCCAAAGCCAGUGCAAGACUGUCUGCAGAGCUAUUCAAGAUGAACGUUGUUGAGACGCUAUACCAAAUCUUGACCGGCGUGUCUCCUCCGGAUGCUACAGAAAAUGUAUCGUCGAAGCUAGACAGCGUCGUGGUUAUGCAAGCCCUGAUCCACAGACCCCGUGAGCAAGUCAUUGAAACACUCAACGUCAUUUGUGAGUUGCUGCCCGGAAUGCCUAGAGAUUCUGCCAUGACCGCCGAAGAUCUCCUGGAUACCGACGCUUCAUCCGCUGCGGCUACUGCUUCUUCAUCGGGCUCUAGAAAGAAGUCGUCGAAUGAGAAGCGACUCGAACUUCUCGAGGGAUGCAAGGACGAGGUGAAGAGAUUCGCUAUUAUCCUUUUCCCGACGUUAACGGAUGCAUUUUCGAGCACAGUCAACUUGAGUGUACGACAGAAGGUAUUGACGGCGCAGAUCAAGAUGCUGUCCAAUCUCGACCAAGAAAUUUUGAUGGAGGCACUUCGAACUGUGCCAUACGCCUCUUUCCUAGCCGCAAUCCUGUCCCAGCAAGACCACUCCAGUCUUGUAAACUAUGCUCUCCAAGCAGCAGAAUUAUUGCUGGCUCGCCUUGAUGACAUCUACCGCUAUCAGUUCUAUCGCGAGGGGGUCAUUACAGAGAUUGCAAAGAUUGCUACCAUCCAAGAAGUUACCAAGCCUGUGACUGAAGAGCCUCCGCCUAUCGAAGUUGCGGAGCCUGUCGAAGUUGCGGAGCCUUGCGAAGCCAGUAAGGCUGGGAGAAUAUCCCAGAAGGCCAGCCGUGUACCGGGAGACGAUGACGACGAUUCUUCGGACGAGGAUCACGACGAGGACAAUGACAAUGAUAAUGAUCACGAUGAUAACCAAGAUGAUAUCAGUCCAUCUCCUAGUUCUCGGGGAUCUACGAUGUCUCUCGACGGCCCACCACAAAUUCUCCCCACAGAUGCCACCAGCAUGCAGCAGCUUAUUGCCAUGCGAGCCCAAAGAUUUCUGGAUGUGCACGAAAAUGAGAAGAGUAGCAAGGGCCUGAAGAAGGAAGCCACUAAAAUUUUAACAAGCCUACAAGAACUGGCAUCAGACAUCGAGGCUCACUACUUGCAUGGCAAGCCAGGUGAUGGAAUCAAGCUUUUCAGUACCCUUGCAGAGUCAUUUGAUGGCGAUGUUUUGGAGAGUGUCACCAGCGCUGAAUUGCUCAACUCCGAAGUUGUCCGAGUGUUGCUCGAAGUUUUCAACAACCCGGACGAGAACCUCAGCAACAGUGCUCGCUCAGCCUUCCUGGAAGUCUUCAUGGGUCGAACUGUUGCCAAUAAGCCCAAGACCACCAGCGCCGAGUCUCCUGCUACACCUUUCAGCAUCCUCGUUCACAAGCUGCAAGACCUGUUAAGUCGCUCGGAACAUUUUGAGGUGUUCACUGUUCACCAGAAUACCUUUGAUGGAAACAGGAGCAGUGCUGCAUCGAUGUUAGCCAAGCAGAUUCGCUUGAAGCUUGUGGCAGGCGAUGACUCUGAGAUCCCAAAGAUGUAUCAAAAUAUCAUGGUGUCUAUCCACGCUAUUGCAACAUUCAAAGCUCUCGAUGAUUAUCUCCGUCCUAGAAUCAGUCUCUCAGAGCGUCCACCCAGAGUAUCGAGAAGAGAGGGUAUCACGAAUGCGUUGGCUGCUCUUGCGGCCGCGGGCAUGCCCAAUCCUUACGCUGGUACAGCUCCGAGCCGUCUUCUGGAACGAGGUUUGACGUCGGCGAAUGCUGCCACGCCCAGCGCUCCUCCACCCGCAUCUCGAGGCUCUCGAAAGUCGAAAUCCAAGACAGCUCCAGGACUUGCAGCUGCUGGUGGACCUUCCUCCACAAACACUCCCAAGGAGAAGACCAGUGCUCGGCGGUCAAGCAGACGUCAAGCCCAGGCAGAAACACCAGUCCCUCCCCCAUUGCAAGAAGAGGACAGUCUGGCCAGAGCUCUGGAAUGUGCCGACGAACGACAACUGACCGAGGACGAUGACAUGGACAUGGAGGAUAGCGCUGCUCUAGAUGCCAUCGUAGGAGACUUGGAGGAAGAAAUGGAAGAUGAGCCUCUGGGUGACCCCACGGCCGUCAAUCUCGAAGUGGCCGUUGGAGGCAAGGUCACCGCUCGCAAAGAGACAGGAGAAAGAGUCGGUACUCCAUCGCAGAUGCCAGGCAGCAAUGCCCGCAGCGCCUCGGCACUGCCAGCUGCAGCUGCGCAAGCAGCGUUGACCACACCCAGCACAUCGUCUCGGCCAAUGUCUUAUGCUGCUGCCAUUCAAGCUAUACCUCAGGACUGGCACAUCGAGUUCAGUCUUGACGGUAAGGUUAUUUCUAACGAGACGACCAUCUACCGGGCGGUCCACAGCACUUCCACAACUGUCGAUGAUGGAAGCAGCAGAAGCGUCUGGUCGGCUGUCCAUCCAAUCAGCUUCAAGCGCGUCCCAGGCCCACCAGCUCCUGAGCCUACUUCCCUCACACAGGCUCCGGAGAUUAGCACAGAGACAACUGCAUCUGGUAUUCCAGCCUCUUUGGACAAGCACCCGGCUACAUCAUCCAUCGUUCGAUUGCUCAACAUUCUACAUGCUCUGAACGCGAACCUGGAUGACGUUCUGGCCGAGAACAAGGACACCGUGAAGCUCAACGCCGAGCCACUUUCGCAAUUUGUCAACACAAAGCUUACCGCCAAGCUCAAUAGACAGCUCGAAGAGCCUCUCGUCGUUGCGAGUAAUUGCCUACCAAGCUGGAGUGAGGAUCUGGCCCGCCUUUACCCAUUUCUCUUUCCUUUUGAGACUCGACACCUCUUCCUGCAAUCAACUUCAUUUGGAUAUGCUCGAUCCAUGACCAGAUGGCAAAACGCCCAAUCUGCCGAUGAAUCCCGCCGUGAUCGUCACCGUGACGAGCGCCCCUUUCUCGGCCGCUUGCAACGUCAAAAGGUACGAAUCUCUCGAUCCAAGAUUUUGGAGAGUGCCCUGAAAGUCAUGGAACUUUACGGUGCUUCCCAGAGUAUCUUGGAGGUCGAGUAUUUUGACGAAGUUGGUACCGGCCUCGGACCGACCUUGGAGUUUUAUUCAACUGUCUCAAAGGAGUUCUCCAAGAAGAAGCUCAAGCUCUGGCGCGAGAUGGAGACCAGUGAUUCAGACGAGUAUGCUUUUGGGACCCGAGGUCUUUUCCCUGCGCCCAUGAGCGAGGAGCAGGCAUCCAAUGAGAAUGGAAAGCGGAUCCUGCACAUCUUCAAGAUGCUCGGAAAGUUCGUUGCCAGAUCGAUGAUUGAUUCUAGAAUCAUCGACGUUUCCUUCAACCCAACUUUCUUCCGCAUCGGUGACGAAUCGAAGACGGUACCUCCCUCUUUGGGAGCUGUGAAGACAGUGGACCCACAGUUGGCAAAGUCCCUGAAGUUGAUCAAGAAGUAUGCCGUUGCGAAGAAAGCCAUCGACGAGAACCCCAAUCUCACCCCCGCUCAGAAAGUAGCCAACGCAGAGGCGCUAACGAUUGAUGGUAUGAGAAUCGAUGACUUGGGGCUUGACUUCACUCUUCCUGGUUACGCCAUCGAUUUGCUGCCCCAUGGAUCAUCGAUCUCGGUAACUAUUGACAACGUUCAACUUUACUUGGACAGAGUCAUCGAUAUGACUUUGGGUAGUGGUGUGGCGAGACAAGUCGAUGCGUUUAGAACAGGAUUCACACAAGUCUUCCCAUAUACUGCAUUGAGUGCGUUCACACCCGAUGAGUUGGUGAUGCUGUUUGGUCGCAUCGAAGAAGAUUGGACACUUGAAACUCUCAUGGAUUCUAUCAAGGCCGAUCAUGGCUUCAACAUGGACAGCAAGAGUGUCAGAAACUUGCUUCAGACUAUGAGCGAGUUGACGCUGCCUGAGCGGCGAGACUUCUUGCAAUUCACUACCGGCAGCCCUAAACUUCCAAUUGGAGGUUUCAAGUCCCUGACUCCCAUGUUCACGGUGGUUUGCAAGCCAAGCGAGCCACCUUACACGUCGGAUGACUACCUUCCCAGCGUCAUGACCUGCGUCAACUACUUGAAGUUACCUGACUAUACCGAUCUAGAAGUUAUGAGACGCCGAAUGACGACUGCCAUCAAGGAAGGGCAGGGCGCUUUCCAUCUAUCAUAG